AUGUUAGGGACGCCUCGUACGGCCUGGGUGGCCUUUUGCCUAACCACUGCCACAUUGUUCCAAUCAGCACCUGCUGCCGACGUUCAUGGGGCGGCAAUCUCGACCAAUUUCCCAGAUCCUGGCCUUGCCCAAGCUGAAGAUGGGAUUUGGUAUGCCUUCAGCACGCAGAACGAGAAUAUCAACAUCCAGCUAGCCUCAUCGACCGAUUUCGUGCACUGGACACUCCAUGAAGGCUACGACGCUCUCCCCAGGCUGCCUGCUUGGGCAAGAAAACCCCCUUACGCCCACGUCUGGGCGCCUGAUGUAAAUCAACGGCCUGAUGGCAUCUGGGUCAUGUAUUUUGCCGCCCUGGGAGCGUCGCAUCCGAGGAAGCACUGUCUUGGAGCAGCUACGUCCCCCAACGUGACCGGUCCAUACACCCCUUUGGAAUCUACGCUUGUCUGCGACCUCCCUGCAGGGGGCAACAUCGACCCAAACCUGUUCCAGGACCCUGUCAAUGGUCAGAACUAUCUCGUUUACAAGACUGAUGGAAAUACCAUUGGCCAUGGCGGAGCGUGUGGAAACACGAACAUGCCCGUCGCGCCAACUCCCUUGCACCUGCAACUAAUGGACUCCAAUGAUCUCGUCACGCCUGUUGGCGAGCCGGUAUAUCUGUUCUCCAACAUCGGCGCCUUUGAAGAAGACGGUCCCAACGUCGAACGACCGUGCAUGAUCUUCCAGGAUUCGACUUACUACCUUCUCUACAACGCGCAGUGUUACGCCGAAUUGACCUACCGUAUCGACUUUGUGAGUUGUACUGUUGGCGUCGAUACGCAGACUGGAGUUCUCGGGUGCGACUGGAGAGCGUUGAAGCAGGAACAACAGACCUGGCAAAACCGCACCUUAUUACACACUGGUAGCAGCGUCUCCGGUUUCACCUUAUACGCUCCGGGCAGCAUGGAUGUUGGCCCUGAUCAGCACAAAGUUGUCUUUCACGGCGACAUCAAUCUUGAAUGGUUCAAAAAGGACCGAUCGCCUAAUGUCCAUCGAGUGCGUGCCUUGUAUGCGGCAGAAAUUGACUUUGCCCAAGCGACUCUCCACGUUACUAAACUUCACUGA